AUGACUCUCAAGAAACAAAAGGAAGAGAUAGAAAAACAGAAAGAAAUAAAAGUGUCGUACGACAGAUACAAGGAUAACUACAAGAUACUGAACACGUCAAAGAAAGGACACAUUGAAGCAGAUGGAAUCGUCUCAACAGAAGAGAUAAACAGCAUGGUGGAUAUAAGCACAAAAGAGAAGGCAUUCAGCCUGUCAAUGAACAACGGGCCGUACACUGUGCGCUACUCUGUGUCGGGUGAUGCUGUGCUGUACCUGGGAGAACAAGAGGUAAAGUCCGUCGAUGCAAUGAAGCUUUUUGCCAAUUCAGAGAGGUUCCUAGGUGACAGGAUAUACGACGGAACAUUCCUGCACAGCAGCGGGUUCUACGCUCUGGCGCAGUCGCAGGCUGUGUAUAUAUACGACAAACAGGGAGUGGAGGUGCACGUGCUCCGAGAUGCCCGGCACGUGAGGAGCAUCAAGUUCCUGCAGGACCACUUUCUUCUCGCUUCUGUCUCAAGGACCGGAUAUCUUCGAUACCAAGAUACAACAAUAGGGAAACUCGUGUCAGAAAUAAAAACAAAAGAAAGAGAGUCAAAAGUGGAAGUAGACCGAACAAAUGGCGUGGUUUACUUGACAGGGUCAUCGGGCACGGUCUCCAUGUGGUCUCCGAGAUCCUCAGAGUACUUGUCCAAAGUGCUCUGCCACAGAUCCAAAGUGAAUCACUGCAAAGUGUCGGACAAUGGAAGAGUGCUGUACACAGCCUCAAAAAAUGAAAUAAAAACAUGGGAUAACAGGAAUAUGUACGCCCCGCUCCACGAGAUCACUCUUCCCAGUCUGGUCUCUGAGAUGGGGCUCAGUCAGACAGGCAAGCUGGCAGUGGCGCAGAAGGGGAGUGUGAUAGUGUACAACGAACACAUGAAGCCGCAGAUACAGCACCACAUAGGAAGAGAAGUUGCACACUCUCUAGCAUACAGACCGUAUGAAGACAUUCUCACAGUGGGAACAGGCAUAGGGAUAGAGAACGUGAUAAUUCCAGGCGCAGGCCUAGAGACGUACAGAAGAAACGAAAACCCAACGGUCUCAAAGAAGGAGAAGAGAAACAGCGAGGUACGGAGAAUACUGGAGAAAAUACCAGCAGACAUGAUAGCCCUGGAGAACGAGAUAGGAACAGAGAUGGCAGAGCCAUUUGCAGAAGAGAUAGCGCCAAUGAAGUACGAAACACCCGCAGGAAAGGUCAGAAGACUUAUGAAGAUACAUUACGGGUAA